CAUUUAUCUUAGGGCCCCAAAAAGGGUAUAAUAUCAGUACGGCUGACGAUAGUUCCAACUUGAAUUACAGCCAAUCAUCAUCGCUUCUCUCUCCUACCCUUUCAUCGUUUUAUCUCUAUAUUUUAUGGUGAGCUGGGAGAUCCAAACACCUGUUGCAAUUUACAAAAAACAGAACCAAAUACUACUUUUCCAGCAACAUUCUCAGCAGGUUGGAAUGGACAGAGGAGAGCUUGGCAGUGAGAGGAGAACUGGGAAAGUUAAAGCAGUAGCUGGUUUGUUUGGAGAAAGAAUUACUGAAGCCAAUUCUACACUGAAGAAGCCCCAAAUGGACAACUCAAAGAGACCCUCUUCAACGAGAAGGGACCUUCAUCGGGCAAAGAGAGACAUUGGUCGGUUCGAUGAGAGCAGAAGAGUUGCAGAGACCAUAAAAGCCCAAGCAGAAUCUGAGCUUUCCAACGCGAAGAAGACAGUGACGGAUCUGACUUCAAAAAUUGAAGAAUCCAAUUUGAAAGCAAAAGCGCAGAAGCAUGACCUGGAAAGGUUGUGGAAGUUGAAAAAGGGGGACGAAGAGUGGGCAUUGGCUGUUGGGAACCUUGAGAACCAUAAGUAUGCAGAAGUGAUGAGAGAAUUGGAGUAUGUAAAGCAGGAAUUGAGUAAACUCAAGCUUGACAUGGCCUCUGUUUUAGAAGAAAGAAAUCGAGCAGAGAAGGAAAUCGCAGCCUCAAGUUCAAAAAUCUCAUCUUAUUUGAGCUCUGCACAAGCGCUUACAAAAGAGAUUGAGGAGGUAAACGAAGAACAUGUGCUGGUAGAAUUGGCUCGGAUUGAGGCUGUCAAAGAAUUAGGAGCCAUUGAAGCUCAAAGAAAGGAAGAAGCUGAACAGUUCCCUUUUACAAUGGAGAACACCAGAAAGAAAAUAAGUGAUGUACUCCAAGAAAUUGACUGCGCAAAAGAGACUGAAAUGAAACUGGCCGUCACAACAUCUGCUGGCAACGUGUUACAGAAUGAACUAGUGCUGGCUAAGGGAAUGGACAAAAGGGUCCAAAGAAAAGAGAGCUUUAGGCAUCUCGAGGGCAGUUUUCGUAAAGGAAAGGAAUUGGAGUCUCCAUUGACGUUACAGUCAAUCACAGAAGAAUUGGAGGCAGCGAAGAAAGAAUUGGUAUCGAUUAGAGAAGAGGGUUUUCAGUUCAUGGCCUCCAUGGAUGUCAUAAGAGAUGAGCUCAAACAUAUAUCUCAAGAAACAGCAAGAUUGAAGAAAACAGAGGAAAAGGCAGAUGCUACUGUUCAAAAUCUCAAUUCGAAGCUCCUCAGGGCAAAAGCAAAAUUGGAAGCUGUAUCUGCGGCUGAGGAAAAGGCAAAAACAAUGGUAUCCAAUCUAUCCCUCACUCUGGAACAAUUGAAAACAGUAGCAGAGGCAGCGAAAAAAGAGAGGAAGCUUAUUUGUGAAGAAACCAGAAACAUAAAAGUAGAAGUUCAGAAAACCGAGUCUGAGAUUGACUCAGCAGAAGAAAGGUUUCAAGCUGCAAUGCUAGAGCUUGAAGCUAUUAAAUCGUCAGAAGCAAUGGCUCUUGAGAACUUAAAAACUCUCACUGAGAAUACAAUGAGGUCUAGAGCUUCUGCAUCUCAGCACAGUUCCACAAUAACAAUCUCAAAAUUUGAAUACGAUUACUUAACCGGGCGUGCAGUUGGGGCAGAAGAAAUUGCACAUAAAAAGGUUGCAGCAGCUCAGGCAUGGAUUGAAGCUUUGAAGGCAAAUGAGAAGGAGAUAUUAAUGAAAACAGAGAUGACUCAGAGAAAAUUAAGAGAGCUAAAAGUAGAGGAAGAGCGAGAAACCUACAAAGCAGAGAAGUCAGUUUCUGCUGGGAAAGUGGUUGAGGGAGAGUCACGGAAUUGGAAGGAAAAACAAGAGAAAAACUCAGAACCUGAAAAGUCACGGCUUGAGGGGACAUUGCCUAGAAAAUCCAUGAAAGAGAAUGGGAGUUUAACACCAGCAAGAAGGGCGAAAUAUAGAAAAUCUGCAUCACCUGUAAUUCGGCACAUGACUAAAUCGGGUUCUGUCACUGUUAGGAGGAAGAGAAAGGUUAUGCCAAAUAUAGCCAAGUUCUUUAAUAACAAGAGCAAUGAGACGGAUCGUUGAGCUUUUGAAGACUAGAUAUCAACACUCGUGCAUAUGCACUGCAUCAAUUUGAUUCCAGUCAAUAAAAUGAAAUUACAAAUAAUUUUUUUAUCACAACUUGGAAGCUAACAACUUGGUCGCCAAUUGUUUCUCGAAGUGCUCAUCUUCUAUUUUUUCCUUCCAUAACCUAAAAAGUGUGAAGUUUAGUGUGUGAGAACUCCAUGUAAAACAGUAGAAUUUGUGUGCUGUGCCAAUAAGUAGUCGAGAGUUCAUCAAAAUUCUCAAAGGUUC